AAAAUUCUAGUCGCUAAAGUUAAGAUAAUUUUAGGAUUAACUUUAUAUUUAUAUUGAAAUUAUUUGAUUAAUAAAGGAAAAAAAUCAUAAAUUUAUACUAAUUCUACAAAAUCCAUCCAAUUUCAAAAACAUGCACAUCACUAGUUUUCAUCUAGAAAACCAUGAAUAUUUCUCAAUAUCCGUUGUGUUCAUCUAGACAAUAACACAGUUGUUUCCAUACUCUAAAAUUCACCAAAUUUCACCAUCCAUAUUUUAUCUUUAUUUAGUCACAGUUCAGUCGUUUUCACCUACUAUCAUUUUCACCUACUAUCAUUUUCACCAUCUUUUUUACCUCUAAGUAUCCCUCUCUUAUUAUUCUAUGAGAUUCUCUACUACGUGCACAACUUCCAUAACUGUCUUUUGCACGGAUAAACAUCAGAUUCCCACGGAAAAACAUCAGAUUCCCAGAAUAUCAUUAAUAUACUACUUCAUGUUGUUACAUUUGUAUUUGGCCGCCCUUCAUUUCUCGAACAAAAACCUGGAAAACUCUUGAUAGUCCCAAUAAUCAUAAACCCUUUUGAUGAGGAAAUUUUUGCUGCCAGCAGUCGCCUCACUCUGCUGACACAUGUCAAGAACUGGGUCCCAGCUAAUUUCUCCGAAAAUACAGAGUAUGAAUGAUUAUGAGCUCAAUGAACCUGGGAUUUAGAUAGACGAUAGAUUAUACUAUGUGGGCAUCCCCACGUAAGCAUCCUUAACAUGCAGGUCUUCUGCAAACUGUCAACCACACUGGAGUGAUUUUGUAUUGAGUUUCCCGGUGUGUUCUUAUCCUAAUCCUUCCUAAAAAUAGCACUUGUUUGAAUUUAGAUAUUUCCUUUUUUGGACACUCUGCCCAAUAAAAUACUUACAAACUAGCCAUGCCCAAAUCCUUAGAAGAAUUCAUACUGCCCUCUUCUUCUUUAUAGAGUCAAGUUUAGUAAAAUAAGAAUUAAUUUAAUUUCCCUUUUCUGCAAGAUAAAAAUAUGAUUUGAUCAUGUGAUUUUCCCAUUUGAAUAAGGAAAAAUAGGCUACAGAUUCAGUUUGCCAAGUGUGGAUGUUGUAUGGACCAAAUAUAUGUUAUAUAGACACGAUCCACAGGUUUCUGCUGACAUGUAUCAACCCAGAUUUCACUGCAGACACGUAUCAGAAAUUUUAGGAAUUCUUACUCAUUUUGCAACAUAUAAAUAACAGACUAACCACCCUUUCUUAUUCUUACAGUCGACUUUUCUAAUUAAACACAGUUUUCCAUCCUUUUUGUUUACAUUUUGAUCUUACAAUGUUAAAAACCAAGGCUAAUUUAGUGGAAAAAAAACAGGGGAAAAAAAACCAGCUAUGUCAGGCUAGUUCUAGGAAGGGUUGUAUGAGGGGUAAAGGGGGACCUGAAAAUGCCCUUUGUACUUACAAAGGUGUCCGUCAACGAACAUGGGGAAAAUGGGUAGCCGAGAUUCGUGAGCCAAACCGUGGUGCCAGGCUUUGGCUUGGCACCUUUAAUACUUCUCAUGAAGCUGCCUUAGCUUAUGAUGCCGCAGCGCGAAAGCUCUACGGAUCUGACGCUAAGCUUAACUUGCCCCAGCUCUACCCGCCCCAUUUGUCCAGUCUAACCCAAGCCCAAGUUCAGGCCCAUGCUAAGGUUCAAGCCUAUUCUCAAUCCCAAUUCCAAGUUAAUUUUGGUUGUUCACCUGAUAACAGCUCAAUUUCUGUCGCGAGUGAUGUAAGUUUGCCGUUAGAGGAGACAAAUUCGGGCUCGACUAGAACUGACAGUAUUACUGGAAGUUCUGAAAGCUAUGGGGAAAAUGAAGUUGGGAUUAACCAUGGUUUAUGGGGGAAUCCUAACCCAAGUUUACCAGAGCUAGAUGAUACCUUGUGGGCUGAAACUGCUAUGACCCUUGGAUUUCCGCCACCUGUCAUCGAUCCACAACCAGUAUUUGCAAUUUCCGACGAGGCGGGUUUGUUAUCCGGGAACUUAUAUGAUGACAGCUUCCAUUAUCUCUGGUCUUCUUAGAUCAUCAUCAUCUAUAUUUUAAUAGCAGAGGAGAGAUGAACACCGUGAAGUUUGGUCUUUAUACACGUAUCAAUCAAUGUAAAUACGUAGUAUGUGUCGUUGGUUAAUAAACCUGGAA